AUGGCUGCUGAGAACGCUGAGGAGCAGCCUACAAAGAGCACAGGGACGGUGAAGUGGUUCAACUCAAGCAAGGGUUUCGGCUUCAUCACACCGGAGGACGGUGGCACUGAUCUAUUUGUCCAUCAGAGCAGCAUCGAUGCAGAAGGCUUUCGAAGUCUUCGGGAAAACGAGCCGGUGGAGUUCUUUGUCGAGGAGAGCGAGGACGGUCGCACAAAGGCCGUCAACGUGACAGGCCCUGACGGUGCACCUCCACAGGGUGCCUUGAGGAGGGUGUUCUACGGGGGCAUGCAGCCAGGGAUGCAGCCGGGCAUGCAACCCCAGUACAUGCCGCGUGGAGGGUACAUGGGCGCCGGCCCGAUGGGAUAUAGAGGGGGCGGCAGGCCGGGCAGGGGGGGGCGGGGAAUGUUCCCGGGGCGCGGCGGCCGCGGCGAGCGCCGACCACCCCCCGGCACGCCCGGCGUGUCCAGCGGCGUGCAGGUGGUGGUGCACAACCUGCCCUGGAGCUGCACGUGGCAGAACCUGAAAGACGCCUUUGCUGCCAACACACAGAACAUCGAGCGAGCAGAUGUCAUCAUCGAUGGCAGCGGGCGAUCAAGGGGCUUUGGGAUUGUGCGGUACUCCACGCCAGAGGAUGCGCAGGCCUCGGCGCAGAUAAUGAACGGCGCGGAGCUGGGCGGCCGAACCGUAACUGUUCGCAUUGAUCGCUUUGCUUGA